UUACCUGCACGAUUGAUUGGCUGGUGAUUGUACCGAGACAGCCAACCGUUCAUCACGUCAUUCCCCAUUACAGCGGUAGAUGAAACAGGCCUAAGCAACAGAAUAACCUUUUCCUGAUACUGACUCAACCAAUGAUGACAGCGAGCAGAGCCCACGUGAUUCUUGCCUGUCUCCUUGUAUGCCUUUCUGUCCUGCAGACAGCGGCCGACAGUCAUGGGCAACAUGGCUUCAGCACCGCCAUGUGUAUACCUGUUGAUUCCUUCUUCGUUUCGUGCGCAUGCGUUUCGUUUAAGAGCUCAAUAAGUGAAGCGUACGAUGUGGUCACAAAGAUUAACUUCACCGGACUUGUGAGUUUUACCGACAUCAUUGCGCCGAUCCAGAUGUACGAGAAAAACUUAACAGAUAUUGUUAGCAGAGGAGUUUGCAGGAAUUUGACUGAUUUCCAGACCUGCCUUGAUGAAUAUAUGCCAACCUCCAAUAAGGUCGUAGAUCACAUUAUAAAGUCGAUUAUAAACACGACAUCUAUGGCACAAGUCCUAAGGAGCACAUUCUGUACCAUAACGCAAGAUCUCAAGAACGAAGUCCCAACCUGUUUGAACGACAUGAUACUUGGUUCGGUGUUUUGCGUUGGGAUACAUAAUAUUUCUGGAGCAUUCGCACCUAUUUUCUUUAGACCUAAUCUUACAACUGAGCUGGUUCAAACCGCAGUGUGUCCAAGCUUGGGACUGACAGCAAAUUGCAUCGCAAUUCAGACAUCCGGAUGUGGCUCAAAUAUCAAUGGAGCCGUGUCUAGCAUGACUAGUGGCUUGAUGACGUCUUCCUGUAAAGAGAGGGUUGGUACAGGUGAACCGACAAACAUUUUGCAGAGUUCUGUGAUGGCCUGUGCCAUGCCGCUCAUUAGCGAGAUUGGGAUGCAGUUGGGAGGCACAGGAACUACCACGACACCACAACAGCAGAUUGUUUCAUUGAUACUGUCCAUUGUUCCAGAAGUGUGUAGUCGCCUCUCGGAUAUGUUGUACUGCGCUGGACGGUAUAUGCCUUUGUCAGGAAAUUUGUUGGACAAAUUCCUUCACAACAUCAUCGACAUGGAAAAUGUUAAAACAAAUGAGCAGGCUUUCUCCGAUGGUUUCUGUUCUUCGAACGCAGCAGCAGGUUUACACAGUGUGAUUACCUGUAUGAUGAUUCCAAAUAAUACAGCCGCCGUCGAGAUGUGUAUGACUCCAACGCUUCAAGCAAAAUUCGCCACCUUUGAUAACACCACAGAGCUAUUGGCUAUGGACGGGGCCACUAUGAGAGCUUCAUUCUGCAGCCCCAUCAAAACGUUUGUGGGCUGCAUACUGGAUGUCAUAGAGAACAAAUGCAACGACACGAAUGUCCAGUCUAUGUUAGGCACUAGCCGGGACAUGUUACUCGCCACACUGCGCUCCGACUGUGGAGGCAUCCGCGAGGACCCGCCUGACGUUGGGGAUGGCGCCACUGGUCUGAACGUCUACGCUUGUGUGUAUCUCCUACUGGGUCUGACAACGGUCCUUCUCAACUACUAGCCAAUUUUCAGACAAACCGCCGGUGAACGCAACUGUUCCUAAACGUCGUGUAGAAGUUCCUUGAACACUAUAUUUCAUUCGAAGCAUGGAAUUGAUAUUUCGUAUAAAGAAACAUGUUGAAAAUCAACUUUCAAAAGAACUUUUAAAGUCGUGUCAUUUGGAUACUUGUCCUAUUUAAAUCGGUGAAGUCUCUGCAUAUUGGUACCAGUGAACCUUCUCUGAAAAUAUAGAGGAUAGCCAAAAUAUUUUGAAAAAUGUAAGAAAAGCUAGGUACUGGCAGCUUAUUAAAUACUAGUAUAUAUAUCAUAAUACAUUACACAACAUAGUAACAUAUCUAUGUAAUCACUUACAAAGUAAACAUCACACAACAAACAAACAAGUAACAAUGCUAUUUAAUCACUUACAAAGUACACACCACACAACAGACAAACUAGUUACAUUGCUAUUUAAUCACUUACACAGUACACAACACACAACAGACAAACUAGUAACAUUCCUAUUAAAUCACUUACAAAGUACACAACACACAACAGACAAACAAGUAACAUUGCUAUUUAAUCACUUACAAAGUUCACAUCACACAACAGACAAACUAGUAACAUUGCUAUGUAAUCACUUACAAAGUACACAUCACACAACAGAUAAACUAGUAACAUUGCUAUUUAAGUACUUACAAAGUACACAUCACACAACAGACAAACUAGUAACAUUGCUAUGUAAUCACUUACAAAGUACACAUCACACAACAGAUAAACUAGUAACAUUGCUAUGUAAUCACUUACACAGUACACAUCACAUAACAGACAAACAAGUAACAUUGCUAGUUAAUCACUUACCAGUACACAACACACAACAGACAAACUAGUAGCAUUGCUAUUAAAUCACUUACACAGUACACAUCACAUAACAGACAAACUGUAACAUUGCUAUGUAAUCACUUACACAGUACACAACAUACAACAGACAAACUAGUAACAUUGCUAUGUAAUCACUUACACAGUACACAACAGACAAACUAGUAACAUUGCAAUUUAAUCACUUACACAGUACACAUCACACAACAGACAAACAAGUAACAUUGCUAUUUAAUCACUUACACAGUACACAACACACAACAGACAAACUGUAAAAUUGCUAUGUAAUCACUUACACAGUACACAACAGACAAACUAGUAACAUUGCAAUUUAAUCACUUACACAGUACACAUCACACAACAGACAAACAAGUAACAUUGCUAUUUAAUCACUUACACAGUACACAACACACAACAGACAAACUGUAAAAUUGCUAUGUAAUCACUUACACAGUACACAACAGACAAACUAGUAACAUUGCAAUUUAAUCACUUACACAGUACACAUCACACAACAGACAAACUAGUAACAUUGCUAUUUAAUCACUUACACAGUACACAACACACAACAGACAAACUAGUAACAUCGCUAUAUAAUCACUUACACAGUACACAUCACACACAAAAAAUAGUAACAUUUAAAGUUCAUCGCGUACAGAACAUACAUAAGACAAAUUAGUAACAUCGCCAACACUUUCACUUACACAGCACACAACAGAAAAUUAGUAACAUUUUAAGUUCAUUCACUUACACAGCACACAACUGACAAAUAAGUAACAAUGCCAGGCAUUCACUUACACAACACAAAUUAGUAACUCUAAAAGUGUAUCACUUCCACUUCAUUAAAUACACAAAUAAGUAACACUGGGAUUACCAAGUUCGUAACAUCGAAAAUUCAGCACGUAGUCUACACAUAAUAUAAAUCAGCAGAAUUUUAACCUGUUGAAAUAUGAGUUGCUAUAUUAACGCGUGGAAUGUGACAUCAGAAAUACCAUACUUUCCUUUUAUUUUUCUGUGCAAAUUUUAUCGAUGAAAAAAUACUUUUUAUGUAUUAUAUUCAAUUUGCUCCUUAAAAACUCGAAGCGAAUAAUGGUGGCAGACUAAACGGUAACUACCGAGGUAGAAUGAAAAGUUUCGCUUUUUAUUCGAGUCCAUUGUUUGAUAUUUCCAUACCAAGACAUCUAAAAUGAAUUACGUCCAGAUUUAUCCACUGCAGGCUGGACAUGUAGUUACAUCAAAUCGACGUUUAUGUGUUCGUGAGAUUAUUCGCUUCAGAACGGACUUACUAACUUCGUUUGAUAUUUGAUGAUUUGCCUUAAAUGUCAAUGCCAUAUGUGGUCAUUUAUCGUGUCUAUUGUUCCAAAUAAUAGUUCUGCUUGUAAUAUCAUAAUGUCAUUUCCGAUAAUCAUGUUUGUUGUCACCGUUAAGUGUUGCACCUGUAAUAUCAUAAUGUCAUUUCCGAUAAUCAUGUUUGUUGUCACCGUUAAGUGUUAUACCUGUAAUACCAUAAUGUCAUUUCCGAUAAUCGUGUGUUGUCACCGUUAAGUGUUGCACCUGUAGUAUCAUAUUGUCAUUUCCGAUAAUCAUGUUUGUUGUCACCGUGAAGUGUUGCACCUGUAAUAUCAUAAUGUCAUUUCCGAUAAUCAUGUUUAUUGUCACCGUUAAGUGUUGCACCUGUAGUAUCAUAAUGUCAUUUCCGAUAAUCGUGUGUUGUCACCGUUAAGUGUUGCACCUGUAAUAUCAUAAUGUCAUUUCCGAUAAUCAUGUUUGUUGUCACCGUUGAGUGUUGUACUACGGAAUUAGAUAAGUCCGUGUUACCUAAGUCCGUGGUUGUACCUAUAAUAUCAUCAUGUCAUUUCCCUUAAUUAUGUUUACAGUUCCCAUAAACUGUUUACCUGUAAUAUAUGAUAACGUCAAUUCCGAUAAUAAUGUGUAUUGUCCAAUAUAGGAUUCUGCUUGUAAUUAUAUUAAAGCCAAUUCUAAAAAUCAUGUUUUCACCACAAAGCUUGUAAUUAUGUAAUGUUAGUUCCAAUAACCACGUUCAGCUUGUGAUUAUGUAACGUCUGUUCUAAUAAUCAUGUUUGAUUAAUGUUGUCAGUUUUUUCUCUCUAGUUAACUCUAUCAAGUGUUUAUCCUGUUAAUGUAUUAUAUAUAUAUAUAUAUACAUAUAUGAAGUCCGCUAAAAUUGGCCACAAUUAAAGUCUCUAAUAUUC